UCACGGCACAGCCAGGGCUGCAAAUACACUCCGAGGAGGGCUUCGAAAUCAGAGGGGGCAGCGGCGGCGCUACCCAGGCGGCCCCAGCUCCCCGCCCGCCCCAGCGGCGCUCGCCGCCGCCGCCCGGCCGCAGCGGUUUGGCGCGGUCGCCGUGGCAACGGCGGCGGGGAGCGCGGAGCGCCUCAGCCCGCCUGGAGCCGCCGGCGCAGGGCGGCGAGCGGCGGCUCCGCUCAACUUCGGCGGAGCGGCGGCGAGAGGCAGCGCCGCCCGGCCGCUCCCUCGGCGGCGGGACGGGAGCGGGAGGCCGCGCACCUCCUGCAGCAAGAUAUGCUCUGGCUGCCCUUCUGUUAUGCUACCUAAAAGAAGAACGCAGGGCACUAUGUCACUGGCAUCCUGGUUCAGGUGGAACGAGCCCCCAACCCGGAUUUCCCAAAGGAACCCCACAGAGAUGGUGGCUGAGACGCUAAUGAUGGAGCUGAGUUGGCAAAUCAAGCAGGCAGAGAAGCAGCAGCGAGAGCGGGAGAAUGAGUAUCGCAAGAUCAAGACUGGGGUGGACUACGGCUGGCUGGUCAGCUAUCCAAAGCAGAGCUAUGAUAUCAGCCCAGGAGAACGGCUGCAGCUGGAGGAUAUGUGUAGCAAAAUACAUCCUUCCUACUGUGGACCUGUCAUAUUAAGAUUCCGGCAGCUCAUUGCUGAAUAUGAACCAGAAGUGCAGGAAAUAUCACGGCUCUUCCGCUCCGUCCUGCAGGAAGCCGCUGAGAAGAUCAAAGAGGAGGAAGAGGCCAAGAAGCUUGCCAGGCAAUGGAACACAAAGAACAAAACCAGCCUCUCCUUAACAACGUUUAAAUCCCGGUCCAGGAUUUCCCCGUUCAUCAGUGACAUCAAGACCAUCUCUGAGGAUGUGGAACGGGGCACCCAGCCUACCAGGAGGGUUUGGAGCAUGCCAGAAUUUCGGAAUGCCAAGGAUUACUGACUCUAUACACAACAAGGUUUUUAGACAGUGAUCUUUUAAACUCCCAGUUAACCCUUUUUUAUCUCUGCCAUUUCUUCUUUGUUCCAGCUCUCUCUUCCUGUCUGCCUCUCUUGGAAGCUGUGUCCAUAGUAACUGCUGCUGACGCAUGCGGUCUGUGACACAAUUUAUUACCAAAAAUGCUAGCCUUUCCUUUAAUUUAGUAGGAUUCAGUAACCUUAAGGGCAAGGGUCACUAUCUCAUUUUUAUUAUUGCUUUCUUGUGGGAGAUGAAUUAGUUUUGUGAUGUGUCUCUUCCUCUCCUUCCCUCCUCCCCCCAGCCUGGAUAUAGUUAUCUAUAAAAGCUUUUGGCCCAAACUCGUGAGAGCUGCUGGCUACAGAAAUCUUGCUGAAAGCGAGGAGGCUGCUUGCAUGAGUAAGGCUUGCAGGAUCAGGCCUGUGAGUUAGAGCUGAACUUUCCUAAUAACCUUCCUUAGUGCUACAGGAGACUUUUCACAUGUAAAUGCAGCACUGCUUUUAAUCAGAUUUUUUUUUUUUUUGCUGACAAUUAUUUAGCAAUCAAACCUGAGUAGAAACAGACCCAAGCUUUCUGAGAUGGAGAACCAACAUUGCUCCACAGCAAGCAGUUUGUAUAUGCUCAGGUUUCUUGGGUAUUUUCUUCUUUGUGCAAACACCCCCUAAACCUGGCAUGUGCAGAGCAGAUGAUAGAAAUCUAACAACCUGCUGUGUAGAUAAACCAGCACAUACAUCAGCACUGUGUCAAGCACACUGCUUGGUCCUCUGUGUUAUUAAGUGCUCCACCCCAUGUCCCAGUAAUAACCCGGUGGGCUGAAAUUAAUAUUUAUCACCAAGCUCGAAAGAGUAGUGGAGUACAAGAUCACUGUACAGAGAAGAAGGGUGAAGGGAAUCAGCAUUCGCCUACAAGGCUCUUUGUGCGGGCCAAAGAAUUGAGGUCACUAACAAGCUGCUGCUCUGAGCAACUCAAGGGCUCUGGUGGAUGAAGGUCUGUUCUCUAAUCCUUCCCUCUUGAGUGCUCAGAAGGGAGCUUUUCUGUGUAUCAGAGGCUGUUGGCCAGUGAGCUGAUACUAUUACAGGAGAUGUAAUCUUUAACACAAACUGAGUAGUCUGUAGGCCAGCACAGUUCUAAAAUGCCACUUCAAGGAAACAGGAAAAUACCACUAAGGAGAAUCUAACUCAGCAUCCUUAGGGAGAACUCUCACCAGAAAAGGAAAGGGAAUGGCACUGUGAAAAUUGUGGUUCCUGUAGAGCAGCUAAGAGCUAGUAUGCUUUGUGGUGACCAGGAGGAGGUGGGGAAGGAAGAUCUCCCUGUAUGACUGGCUUUUGGAGAGUCAUCCCAGUGGAAUACAGCCUUCUGGAGGACCCCUAGCUUUGUUGUUCUUUUGCCUGUUUCUGACUCCUUUCCCUGGGGAUCUUUGCAGCAGCAUGUGGGUACUACAGCCAAGAUAAAACUCUUUGAGGCUGUGCCAACCCUGGGACGAAUUCCAGCACUUGAAAUCUAUCCUAGACCAUAAAUCUAGUUUCUUCCAGUGGUGGGAGAGGGUAUCAUAAAACAAAUCAAGAUUGAAUCCUUAGCACCUCUCUCAGACUGUGGGGUUCUGGCUCUUCCUCUUUCUCUUCUGGGCAAGCCAAGCCUGAACCUUUGGCCUUACCACUGGCACCAGGCUGGAGCUUCUAGUCCUUUGAUAAACACUGCUGCCAGCAGCCCUCCUACGGACAUCAAGCAGAGGCCAUUUUCAUCAAAAACUCAGGGCUUCCAAAUACAGCAUCCAGUUUGGGCUGGGCUACUUCAACUCCAGGUCAAUGAGAGUUUAAAGCCUUCUGACAAUCAGCUUGGUGUUUUUCAGCCAUGUGUCCUUGUGCAGUAAUAUGUGACUGUGUAGAUGAAGUAAAAACAAAAGUCUGUCGUAUUUAGUAUAGUCUUAGCUAUCUAGAAGCUGUGUGAUCUUAAGCAAGGGAUCACCACCAUUUGCAAAAAAAUGUUGUUUUAAAGAAAGUUAAGCAUCUUUUUAUUUAUUUGCAAGACACUGUAUGCUACUGAAGGCUGAGAUGGGGUCAUGAAUUUCACCCUGUGGCUCUCUAGUUAUUUUAUUUGCAUUUGCGUUCUAUUUCAACACCUUCAGUAUUGACUAUAUUGAUGCAAUAUCUGAUGGACUGCUGGGAGAAGAUGGUCGUUCUGAUACAGUGAUAUAAAGCUCUUUGUUACUGUACAGCAUCUCUAAUGUGCUCAUUCUUUCCUGAGGAGAAGCGAGAGCAAUUAACUUCCCUACACCAAUGUACAAGGCCAAGGAAAUCCACUGAAGGGUGAUGCUAUCAGAGCACCCUACAACCAUAGUGUGCGCUUCUUUAAUAACCUUCAGCUAACUGAUAGACACUGUUCUUGUUUUAUAGUCAGCAAGAGGAGACAAAUCUGACCUUUGGUCAAAGCCACAUACAGAAGCCAGGCUGCAGCAGUACCUGCUAUAGCAUUCAUGCCUUGACUUACCUAUUAUUUCUAUUUCCACAAUAAAACUCCAUCCAAACUUUCGAGCAGUAGCACACUGUCACUGUAUCUCCUCUGCAAGUUACACUUGGCUCACAGUAGCAUGUGAUCAUAAAAGAUACUCAGGUACCAAAGUAUAGGGAAUAUAUGCUUAUUACAUGCUAUCUGGUGCUUCUUUUACACCUGUCGGAGUACUGUGCUUGCCUGUAGCCAGCUACUUAGAGGCCGAUUGUGACCCUCUGCACUGCAUGUGCACCAGCAGGUACUGAAGCAGGGUAGAGGAGGUGGCUGGGAUGCACGACUACUGCAUUUUGCUUGUGGCACUCACUUUGCUUAGGAAUUCAGUAGCCAGAACCAUAACCGUUCCUUUGGCCAAAGCAUGCAGUGACAGGUAACAACCCAUGCUUCCCUUGGCCUAAUGCCACAUAGCGUGUGGCUAUAUUAACAUUCUGAUUUAGAUCAGGAGCAUGCAACUCCUGAUUGUCCCCACUUACUGAGCUGUGGUUCAUGGUACCAAGCAGGCUCAGACCAUGCAAACUGGAUUCCUUUUGGACAAGGCUAACCCAGAAGACUCACUGCAGCUGGCAUAUGGGCAAACAAACCAUGAUGCUGGACUAACACAGGUCUGAAACAUGUACAGUUUGAACAUCAGGUCCUCAGCAACAACUGUUCCUCUACAGCUCUGCUCCUCUUGGGCUGCACUACUUGCAAAUAUAAACAAACAUUCCUACACAGCCUGGAUGUGACUCUCCAUUCUACUAGGCUUAGCCCCUCCUGAGAGCUAGUCUAGCAUCCUAAUUCUUAAAGAAGAACAAAACAUCAAAUAGAAGCACAGCUCCACUAACAAAUGAAUGAACUGAACAAGACUCAUUCCAAAUCCUCAACCCUUCUUUCAUAAUUGAGCAAGGAUUUUGGUGUCAACCCAGUACACUGGCUGUUGCCCCAUCAAUGCUAGUGUUACAACACUGACCAAAGGACAUUCUGUUACCCCAGGGAAGAAGCAGCCCUUGACUUACUAUCCAUUCAAACAAGUAAGGACAACAUCGCUAUAGCCCCUCAGCUACACUGCUCAACUUCAAGGGGCUAAAAAUCCUCAGAGUUGCUACCUACCUGAGAAACACUACGCAGCCCUGCCUCCGCUGACAGGCCUGACCCACACAGGUCACGGUAGCCUGCAAAGAUGUGCAGGAGGCGAAGUUCCUCACCAGUAUCAGUAUAUAGUUGGGCAGCACCAUCAAGCCCUGGGGCACUAGAGUAAGCUUUGCAGGAAAUACCUGUCUGCUGUGAUUGCACUAUUUUUACAUUACAUCAUGAAACAUCAAAGAGAAUUAAAGCAAAGUUGUAAAAUAUAAACCAAAUUUUUGUAUUUGUUGUCCUUAAUUAAAGAUCUCUUGAAAUGUAA